AUGACCAACGAGUUGUGUGAUACGUCACAUUACAUAGUUAUACGAGCUGGUAGACAUUAUUCUCCAGUCAUCUCCGAGAUGCCGUACGAGUGUUUGCGGUUGCUCCGUCCUCCUCCAUCAACUGUCUUUCUCAAUUGCGGACACUCGUGGACUGAUGCAAGCGCAUUCGAAUAUUGGAAGAAAUCAUCUCUAUUUGAUGAGUUUUGAAAAACAACUGAGCUUUUCACAAGAAAAUAGAUUUGUCAGACCCACGCCGAACCAACUACUACGUAAUUCUGGUAUACUGUAAAUCUAUCCUCUACUGAUCGACGGAUAUGUUAUACAGAGAAAACUAAGAUAAAGCUUAAAUUGAUUUACGUAUUGUAUAGAACUGUAUCGGGUUACCUGGAUCUGUCAUAAGAGAUACUAAAUAAAGGAUUAAAUGAUGAAUCGGGAUGUAAAGUCUAAGAAAAAGAAAAAUAUUAAAUUAACCUAUCCCGUUUGGGUUGAACAUAGGGAAGUGAGCCAGCGAUUACCUCGAGGGUAUUCAGACGUUUUUUACAAGAGUUUGUAUUCAUCCAUCUCACCAUGCCAUUCAUGGAAGAGAGGAGAAAAUUCGCGAUCUGUGCACGGUGGACUUUACAGCUUGGAGUUCUGCCCGGCUGGAUCUCUUCUGGUGGCGGGCGAGAAGAGGAGCUUCCGGGUGUUUGACCCUGUGUCUCGGAAAUUGAUUCGCACCGUUGACAACGCACAUGCAUGUUGCGUCACGAAUGUGAAGUUUCUGGAUGCCCACGUUUUCGCUACGGGCAGUGUUGACAAGACAGUCUCCUUGUGGGACGCCAGAAAUCUCGGGAAACGGUUGAGAACAUUGCGGGUACGCACAAACACCAUUGGAAACAUCGCGUUUUCACCAAAAACUAACUUGCUGAUAACGUCUGGACUCGACGGAUACAUUUCCACGUGGGAUAUAACGAACUUCACCCAAAAAAACGAGCUUUGCAGGAAGAUAUCUUGGUCAUACGUACUCACCCGCCUGCGACUCAGUCCCGAUGAGUCGAAAAUGAUCAUUUCAACGGGUAGAGGUUUUAUAAUGAUUGUACACGAUCUCGAUUUGAACACACUUGAUUUGGACGAUUUCGAAUUGGAUCUUUUCGGAUUAACGUUCUUGGACCAGGCAGAUAUCUCGCGGUUCCUGAACUGGAAUCACUUCCUUUCCCCGAAACGGCGACGAAACCGCGUGGAGAUAGUGGCGGACUACCCUGAUGUGCGCGGGAUCAACGUGAUCUCGUCGCUGGAGAUCCACCCUCGCGGAUGGAGCGCAGUGAGUCGCACCAAGUGCAUUAUGAAUGGCGAGCGCAAGCACUGGACCUGCGUACACGACAUCCUGGAGAAGGAUCCUUCUGAACGUAGGGCUGCUUCGGGAGGGGGUUGGGGGGACGAGUGCCCCCCGUACCCCCAGCUGGAGGCCGAUGCUGGGGAGGCAACGGCGUCGGGGAGCGCUGAGGCCUCGUGCGUCGGCGCGCAGCCUGCUUUUGCAGGCGCAGCGACGUUCCCAGAACGCGAACGCGAACUCGAGCUCCAGAGAGGCAAUGAAUCGGGACGCAACGGGGGGUGGGCAGCUGGCUUUGAAACAGCGAGUGAGGGCUUUUGCGCCCCCUCUAAUAGCAAUGUCGAGUGUGAGGUGCCGUUUGCAGAGCCUUCUGGGGAAGCGGGGGCCCGCAAGAGAAGAGCCGUCUCCCGGGGAACCACAGGGUGGCCAUGGGCCCCCCCGUCAUCUGCGCAUCCCGGGCCCUUUGAAGUGGCAAACAAUAGCAAGAAUGCGGAGGCCAGAAAGGUCUUGGGAGUUUUGGCACUCAUUCGUCACAAUCAAAGUGAAGGACAACUGAUUCGUACUGUUCCCGAACGGUACCCAAGACUGACGCAUUACAUUGAGGAACCAGUGGCCAGUGAAUGGUAUUUCGACAAUACCUGCUUUUCCUCAGAUGGCCGUUUAAUAUGUUAUCCGAUGAAACGUGGCAUUAGGUUACUUUCUUUUUCACCAGAGUGUUCGGAGCAGCCCAUUACUUGGAGUAAAGCAGAACCGCGUAACUUACAUGAAUUGAAAACGCACGUCUCCCACAGUAACACAGUACUUUGUACUAAGUUUUCCCCACGUCACUAUUUGUUAGUAUCUGGAUGCUCGGGUGGGCAGCUUACUUGGUAUGAACCCGUUGUGUGAAGUUUGUUCUGGGUACAAUUAUAAGAAAAAACACCAUAUAAUAAUUCUUCAAAAUAAUAAAUGUAGUUUUCUUCCAUAUGUAUGAGAAAUUUUGUACUAUGUACAUAUGAUUAUCACUUAUAAAUUUUUGUAGUAAAUACACUACUGUAGAACGAGUUAAAAAAAUUAACGGACAAUUGUCUAAAAUUCAAUACAAUUUUUUCCUACUCUGAUUUACUGGUAACUGUUGUGACUACCUGCCUUGACGUAUAAAUGAGUAGAAAAUUUUUUUUUCAUUGUAUUGCCUGUCGACUUGGUUGUAGUCUCAUUAUAUAUUUUAACUUGUAAGGAAGGUUUGAAUUAUAAUUGUAAAAUUAUUUGAGCAUGAAUUUCGACGAAGUAACCUUUCUACAUGAACAGUCUAAAAUGAGGUUUGAAAUAUACUAGAUAAGUUCAAAUCUGAAACCUUUAAAAAUGAUUUGAUUUUAAUUUUUAUUUCUCAAGUACACAAUAUAGAGUUCUGUUCUUUUACUUGUAAAUUGACAAAAAACUAAUUUCAACGUGAAAAUUCAAGAAUGUGUUGUUUUUUUAUUCUGAAAAGUGUAGCAGUACAUCUGUUCACUUUAUUAGCGCCUUAGCCCCACCCCCUCACCUCACCCUUCUCGUGCGGGCGGAAGGAGUCCUGUGCCAGCGACGGAAAUCCCAGCUCUGGCCGGGAAGACGUCCCAAAGUCGCUUCUACGCGGCACGCCGUCCAUUCCUUGGCGCGGGGGAGAGCACUUCGUUCUGACAAGCAGCUGCCACAGCGGGAAAAGUCCACUUCCUCCCACAUCUGACUUAGAAAUAAGGAGAUUUCGCCAUCGCCUCCGCAGUCACCGCCGCUUUCUAAGGGCCACUGCACAUGAAGGUUACGUGGGCGCACGA